AUGGGCGAAAUAGGUGCUGGGGGGGAGGAGGGUUGUUGGUUUUGGGUUGUGCGGCGGUUUGGAAGGGAAAAAGUGCGAGAAGGAAGAAAAGGGAAGAAAGGAAGAAAGGAAAGAGAGAGAGAGAGAGAAGAAAUGCGGAGGAGACCAAGAGAUAGACAAGACAGACAGCAAGAAGAAGAAGAAGAAGAAGAACUUACCCACGUGAGAGACAAGGAUGAAGAGGAAGAUGGCCGAGGGAGGACUUUAGACUGA